AUGGCGAGGCGUCACGAUGAUCAAGAGCUGAACACUGCCGUCCCGACUGACUUCAAUCGGAUUUAUGUUGGUAGUUUGGACUAUUUUGCCAAACCGACAGAUGUGGAGGAAUUGCUCGUCAGGGUCAACCUCAACAGCUUUCAGAAAAUCCAUAUUUCGAUCGAUCCUAUCAGUGGUCGAAACCCAGGGUACUGUUUCGUCGACUUUCCAUCACACCAAGAGGCUGCCUACGCUUUGGAGGCGCUUGCGGGCCAGUCAAUCCUCGGGAGGGUCGUCAAGCUGGGCCCCUGUAGAUGGGGUGAUUGGAAAGGUGCCGACGGCGCCUCAGAACAGAAGGAUGGGGAUAACACCCGCAUCCGCAUCGAUGGCCUCGACAAAAUGAUUGACCAGGAACACAACGACGCUGAGAUUCGCAGCUUUUUUUCGGGCUUCGACGUAUGGAUUGACACCGCACGUUUUAGCGUCGCCAUCGGCAAGCGCGUGGUUCCAUACUCGCUCCGAUCUACGCCUGGGAACCACCAUCACUGUUAUGUUGACCUUGGCUCCCGCGAGGAAGUUGACCGUGCUGUCAAGGAGCUGAGCGGCACGGCAAUGAAUGGAGUGGUCGUUCGUCUCUCCAUAGCUCGAGAUGGGAGAGGCCCUAACCAGCACGGCCAAAGCCAGUCAUCUGGAGGAGGUAGCCAGAUUGGCCACAAGGCGAGAGAGGUACACGGCGGUGGAAGAGAUUACAUGCAGAAAAGCAGCUGGCGGAGGGCAGAUACUUGA